AUGUCAUUGAGAGCUCAUCCAGAAGAAUUUACUAAGUACUACAGGAUGUCUAUCACAACAUUCGAUGAAUUAAUUUCACUUGUUAGGCCUUAUCUCACAAGACAAGUUACUAAUAUGCGUAGUCCAAUAUCAGAAGAAGAACGAUUAAUCAUAACUUUGAGAUAUUUAGCAACUGGAACGCAUUUCUCAUCUCUGCAUUUUGAAUUUCUGGCGGGAGUGUCUACUAUAGCUAUGAUUGUGCGGGAAACUUGUGAAGUUUUAUGGGAAGUAUUACAACCUAAAGAAAUGGCGGAACCGACAACAGACGACUGGAAAGAUGUUGCAAAAGGUUUUUUUGAAAAAAAAAACGCAAUUUCCAAAUACUGUUGGCGCCGUGAGUUUAUCUGUUUGACAAUAAAUUUAUAUUUUUAA